UGGCAAAUUUACUCCCAAGUUAGUGUUACUGCAGCUUGAGUUAGCUAAUCUUUUAUGAUUUAAACUGUAACAGGGCAAUAUAAGGUGUCUAAACUUGUGAAGGAAUGUGGGACUUAUAGAGUAAUCUUUAAUGGCUGUUACAGUGGAGAUUGCUAAUUUUCUCCUGCAUUGAUUAUCCAGGAGUAACACACAGCUCAGCAAAAUGCAAUCAUGGCCAAUUACUGAUUGAAAAUUUAUUGAUGAUAACGCUGUUAAAAAGACUAAGAAAACUGUUAUUUUCUAGCAUUAUGAUCUUCAGUUUGAGUGCAAGGCAGGAUAUUUUGCAAAUCAAUGGCAUUGCUUUUAGGGAGCUAUUUAUAGGUGCAGCAGUGUAAGUGUGCCAGGUGUAUCUACCUGCAGAAAGAAGAUGUCAAGAGUCUGAGCAAAAAAGGAUUUUAAAAAAUACCCAAACAUCAAGGAAAAAGGAAAAGGGGUCAGCUCCCAACAAUGACGACAGAGAGACAACCGGCCAAUAGUCACGAAUUGAAAGAAUUUGACAAUGUGAAGGAAUCAAUCACUGACAUCAUUAACCAGCUCCAAGACAUUGAUCCGAGUCGCCUCUCCUUCUCUCCAUUUUUGGACCUGGACACCCAGAUUACCCUAGCACCUAUCUCAGAUAGCCCUGAAUCAUCUGUGGAAGAACUUCACUCGCUGUCUGAUGAAAAUAUUGGGCACUUGACUGAACCUCUUACAAAAACGAAAAGGCUGCAGUACGGUGAGGUCCAACAGAAGGUGACGAACCAUCAAACCAUCAUGCAGAAUGACGGGGGUUUGAACAGGAUUAACGUAGAGCUGCUCAAAAAUCACACCCUUCCAUGCACAGAAAUCAGGAACAAGGAAGCAGACAACGUGUCUCUUGUCAUCACCAGGGAAAUCCCUUUUCUAACCGAUGAGAAAGUAUCUUUCUCGGAGCCGUCGUCGCCCAGCGAAGCGAGAACCUUCCCCCCGCAGAAUUUCAUUGCCAAGGUGGCAGAAGAGAAUUUGGAGAAGGCACACAAGUUCACCAACCAGGCUUCAGAGGUCCAGCCGUUGCUGGGCCCAUCACCUGACACCGAGACCAUUGACCUGAUUUCAAGUGACUCUGAGCGCAACCCGUCAACUGAGUCCUCACGCAAGGAGGUGGCUGCAGGGGCCAAAGGCAACGAGAAAUGCUGCCCGUGCUGUCAGUACUGUUCCACUUCUCACCUUAAAGCAAUCUCAUCCGUCUUUGUUGCUCUGAUUUUUAUACCUUGGAUCCUCUACGGCCUUUACUUGUUCGUGCCUUUCGACCCACCGCCCUGUCCAGAUCUAACGAGUCGAAUGACAUUUACACUGCGUUGCAAUGUCAUCGCCAUCGCACCAGUUUUAUUUGGCCUGUUCCUCUUCCUGUGGCCUCCACUUGGUGUUGUAAUAGGGUCCCUGUCCCGGCUUUGUUCUACAGCAAUUGAUCCCUUAGACACCAAUGUUCGCGCUGUUCUUAUCCAUCAGAGAUAUGUUGGCAACUCCAUUGAACAGUUUACACUCUACUUUAUCAACAUGGCUGUAAUGGCAACUUAUCUUCACCAGGAGCACCUGAAGAUCAUUCCCAUAUUAGCAGGACUCUUUGCAGUGGCAAGACUGAUAUAUUGGAUUACAGCUGGAUUAGGCAGUGCCUAUCGUGGAUUUGGAUUUGGGCUGACAUUUUUCCCAACCUUGGCGAUGGUAGCCUACAAUUUAUACUGCAUGUAUGAACUGGGACUCGAUCAUUACUUUAUCCCUGCUGAGAAUGGAGGGCCCACACGAGCUCCAGCACCAAGACUGAGAUGGUGGGGUCUGGCAGGUUGAAUAGUAUCCUUGCAAAAAUAAAAAAUCACACGACAUCAUGGAAGAUUAGACUAGUGUACUAUGUGAAUGAAUGCAAGGAGAACACUAGCAAGGACCACACUGCUAGUGUGGCUUAUUGCAGUUUUAAAACUGCAAGUAUCAAACAGGAUGCAAUCUUGCGACUGUUUUAACAGAAAUUCAAUUAUUCUGGAGUUGAGUCUAACUAUGAAAUUAUUGAAACGAUGAUAUUGUUCUCCAUCUCACUGCCCUUGUUUAAUGUCAUCUAGCCAUAAUUAUCUGUUAUAUGUUUUCUUCCAUUUUGCACAAUUAGCUGACAACUACAUUUUCAAUUGUAGCUUAAAGAGUCAAUUAAGUGUAAAUUUUACAGAUAUUUAUAUACAAGCAAUUAUAUUCAACUUUGCUAUUAAAUUGAGAUUGUUACUCCUGUUCCUGAUGAACAAUGGCUUAAGCAUAGCCCUAGCAAAGUUAACCACACAAUUCCUUUUCAAUGAUCCACCACAUAGUGAGUUGUGAACAUAUUCUUAAAAAGAAAGUCUUCACUAUGGAUUAGUUAUGUUUCAGAAACUAUUGAAGAGGUUCCCAAAACAAGGCCAUUAUAGGUUAUUGUGUAAUUGCCAGGGUUAAACCACAAUGAUUCAAUGCUUGAGACCUAUAUUUAUUGUCAAUUUGACUCUGCCUGAUGACACAAAGCUUAAAGUUGCCUGGUAUAGGAACCUUAAAAUUUUAUUGUAAGUACUUAGCUAUAUGACCGAGCACAAGAGUAGGAGAUUUCCAGUAUUUAGUAAAAGAUUAAUAGGUGAGAAAUGUACAAUUAUACUCAGGAAGCCCUUCAUUAUUUAACUGGGUUGAGAUAUCUCAGGGCUAUAAUUACUGUAAAAUCCAGCAUAAAAGUACUAGCAACAUUUACCUUGGCUGGUAGAAGUGGUGUAAGUCACUACCAGUCAUGCAUGCUGUAUAAACCCACAUCGUCUGCAAUCUAUGCAGAUUGUAUGGUAACAAGAACCACAUAUAAUGAAGGAUAAACUGUAUAUGUUUCCUUACUGCAAGAAAGAAUACCCAAAGCACCUAGAUUAUUAAAAGUAAAUUUUUAAAUUCUGGCUAAUAGUGGAGUCUUUACUGUAGACCAGGAUUUACUGAACUGAACUGAUUCUCCUUCAAUUUGAUGGCGUCACAAGUUGAUUGUUGACUGUGUUGCACAUGUUACUUGUCUAUGUCAUUGCGUUAUUCAGUCCAACAGUUCAGAUCCAUUUUCACUUCAGUAACAUGAGGAGAUAGCUAAUUCACAACCUAAAGGGAAGGAUGCCGGUCCAACAAUUCUGAAUUUCCAACAUUACAGAUAUUUUUAGGAAGGGUUAAUAUAAAUAAUUUAUAAGUAUGCUAUUACAGGGUAUAUUUGAGAUGUUUAUGUUUUUGAAGACAUUAAUGUAAUAUCAAGCCAGAUAUAUACACACCACAUCACCACUAAGCAUUCUUAUUGAUUGCAAUAAAAGGGUAUUUUUCAUAGUGGAGUUCAAAAGGAAAGCUAUCAAUACAUCAAGCUGGCUGUUUUUCAGACCUCUUGUGGUUUGAAACGGUCUUGUUUCUCUACAAAAGUAUUAUGCUGAAAAACAAGAUAACUCUGGACAAAAACAAAGAGAUUCAGUACUUUUGGGAUUUAACCAGAAUUUCCUCAUUCAAUCCUGGUACUACAGAUCAAUCUUCCUUUACCUUGAAAUCUAGGCACAGGGCUGAAAAACGUAGCAUUGAGAGCUGUCAAGUCUGGAAACAGACGUGUAGGGAAACUAAGAAGUGGUGAUUACACAAUGCCAACCUUGAGUUUAUAAACCCGAAGAUCGGAGAACAGUACUCUGUGGAGUCAUAAAGAGUUGACAGUGUCGUAGUUCCAGAAAACAACAGAUUACAGUAUGAUUCCAUAUAUUGAGUCUUGAUUUGAACACUAAGGAGAAAGAGUAUUUGUUAAAUCAUUGAUCAUUCAUGAAUAUUGGGAAUAAUUUCAUCGAAGACCAUAACAUAAGAUAUACUGAUUACCCUUUUCUCCUGGAUAAUUUGUCCACAAUAGUGAAUUGUGUUUUAUUUUAAUAUUGACCGAGCUGUAACUUAAAAGAAGUACAUUUAAGAAUUGAAUAUUAGCCAUUUUCAUAUGAAGUGUUUAGAUAUGUUUCUGCAUAGGAGUUUGGUCCAUCCAUAAAACUUGGUGAAUUAGUUAUGUAUUUUAUCUAAUAUAGUGAAGACUGAAAAUAUCUAAUAAAGCUACUGCAUUGUGAACAGUGCUUUGCACAGCCAUUCAUGUGAUUCUCACCAAGAAUGAUACUGUACAUUUUUAUAGCUAAUGAGUUAUAAAUAAAAACAUAACAAGA